ACAGUUGGGAUGGUGCAGAUCUUCGAGAAAUGAACUUCGUGAAUCAGUAUCAAGCCCGAUGUGAAAGAUUUCGUUACGUCUGUAUAUCGAUACGACGGGCCUCAUCGUUAUAGUUUCUCCUGAAAGCGCAUUGUAGAGAUUGAAUAGUUAAGCCUACUUGUGUGUUGACCUUUUUCCUGUGUAUGGGCCUGAUUGUUUCCUGCCCUGUCCCACAGCAACUCUGACGUCCCCCUAUGACACGUCGAAGGCGGGACCGAAAUGGAUUAACACUGUUUAACGUCGAUAGUUGAACUUUUUUAUUAGUGUAAACCUUGGAAUUUCACCCCCAGGGAGUAUCGAAUAAUUUCGAGAGAUGGGAAAUCCUGCUGUCUAUGCUGAGAAAUUAAAUCCGGGAGAAGAUGACGAAAUGAGUAUUACCGGGUAUCGGUUCUCAUUUCCAAAGACAAUACUUACCUGCUUCGCUGUCCUUCUCUCUGGAGGAACUUUGUUGAUUCUAAUGUCAUGGAAACCAAGCAUCAGGAUAAAGAUGACCCACAGCUUAUGUCCUUUUAAGCAAGCAGAAAAGGUCGUCUUAAUAGAUAUGUAUAACCAGCAAUAUGUAGAAAAAGUGGUUAGACCAGAAAUCAGCACGACGUCUCCCACACAAACUAUUUACUUCUACAAUAAGAAGAUCAAGUACAUCUGGCAGCAAGACUUCCUCCAUUUUGUCAAGCUUGGUGGUUUGGACGUUGAAUCUUGUGAACACGUACAUUCUUUAGCCAGGGGAUUAAGUUCAACUGAGGCGCUUCUAAGACUUCAACUUUAUGGGAAGAAUUCUAUCUUGGUGGAAGUUAAACCAAUAUUCAAGUUGAUUUUCCAAGAAAUUGGUAGUCCAUUCUACAUGUAUCAGAUAUUUAUUGUUAUUGUUUGGAUGGUUCAAGUUUACUACCAGUUUUCUGUGUGUGUUGUUCUUCUGUCUACUAUCUCAAUCACUGCCACUGUAUGGGAAACCAGGAAGCAAAGUAAAGCUCUGAGAAAUGCUGUUCAUUCUCAUUCUGAAGUGACUGUUUUGAGAGAUGGAUAUGAAAUACAGAAGUCAUCACAUGAACUGGUUCCUGGUGACGUUAUUUUUCUACCUCAACACCAAUGUGUCAUGGAGUGCGAUGCCAUACUUUUGAGUGGAACUUGUGUUGUGAGUGAAAGCAUGUUAACAGGAGAAAGUACACCCAUUACUAAAGUUCCUAUAGCUCAAGACUCCAACCAUCCAUACAGUCCUCUUUCUAACAAGAGAAGUACAAUAUUUUGUGGGACAGAAAUUUUACACUCCUGCUCAAGUGAAAGCUCUGCAGUUAAGGCUCUUGUGUACAGGACAGGUUUUUCAACAGCUAAAGGAGAACUUGUAAGGUCCAUUCUCUUUCCCAAGCCUGUACAGUACAAACUAUACUCAGAGUUGUUCAAGUCGAUGAUAAUUUUUCUUGUAUUAGGUAUUCCAGCUAUGGUGUACACAGCCAUCAUUUGGUCUCAUCAUGGGGCUAGUGCAAAAAAUGUAGUGAUUCUUGUGGUUGAUGUCGCCACUUUUGUUGUUCCUCCUCUUCUGCCUGCUGUCAUGACAAGUAUUAAUGCCCAUGGUCAGCGAAGACUCAGGACUCAUGAUAUCUUCUGUCUAAAUUCUGGCCAUAUCAAUUUUGCAGGAGGUUUAGACGUUGUUUGUUUUGAUAAGACUGGAACACUAACUGAAGACAACCUUGAUUUAGCUGGAAUAAUCCCAAUCCAAGAUGUCAGGUUUCAACAUCCUUUCACUCCUGGUAGUUCUCACUCACUUCCUUCCACUUUAAUACAUGCUUUAGCAACGUGUCAUUCCCUGACUGUAGUCGAUGGGAGGUUAAUGGGUUAUCCUGUAGACAUAAAAAUGUUCAAUGUUGUAGCUUGGGAACUGGAAGAACCUAAGGCUGAUUAUCACUGUAGUUUUGAACGACUGCCUGCACGUAUAGUUAGGCCUAAAAAAAAGGAGGCAGCAUUUUUACGAAUGUCAGGAAUGCCAGUAACUGAUAUUGCGAUUGUGAGACAGUUUCCAUUUGAGUCUCUUCUACAACGUAUGAGUGUAAUUACUUGCAAAGAAGGCAGUGACAACUUUGAGUUGUACAUCAAAGGAGCUCCUGAGAUGGUAUCAUCUUUCUGUGACAGUAAUACAAUUCCAGAAAACUUCCUGGAUGUUCUAGAACUCUACACUAGACAAGGUUUUAGGGUCCUUGCUCUGGGUUACAGAUCACUUGAACCCAACAUUACAUGGGACGAAAUAUUUCGUAAACCUAGAGAUGACCUAGAAUGUAACCUGAAACUUGUGGGACUUCUGGUGUUACAGAACAAACUAAAACCUGAAAGUCAGCCCUCUUUGAGAAUUCUUAAGAAAGCCAAUAUAAGGACUGUUAUGGUUACUGGUGAUAACCUUCUGACUGCCAUCAGUGUGGCUCGAGACUGUGGAAUGGUUGAUGAAGAGGAUUCUGUCAUAUCAGUAGAAGCAGAAUUGUUGAAGCAUGGAGAUUCUAAAAGUCCGCGCAUUCGGGUGAAUUACUCCCAUGUUAAGCUACCUGGUUUCAGUGAAAAGCUAGCUGUUGGAAAAAAUGGGAUCAUAGAGGAUGCCUGCAUCCCACUAGUACAACAUUCACCUUAUCACUUAGCCAUGGAUGGGAAGACCUUCAAUCUUAUUAAAAAGUAUGAUCAAGUUCUUUUACAAAAGGUGGUCCACAAGGGUACAAUUUUUGCAAGAAUGCUUCCUGAGCAAAAACUUCAUUUAAUAGAAGUACUACAGUUACAAGGUCACCAGGUGGGGAUGUGUGGAGAUGGAGCCAAUGACUGUGGAGCACUGAAAACUGCUCAUGCUGGUGUUUCCUUGUCUGUUGCUGAGGCAUCUGUGGCUUCUCCUUUUACAGCUAAGAAACAAAACAUUGAGUGUAUUCCAACACUCAUUAGAGAAGGACGAGCAACUUUAGCAGCUACUUUUGGAGCAUUUCGUUACAUGGUGUGCUACUGUUUCAUUCUUCUUUCUGCUGUUCUCAUUCUCUUCUGGGAUGGCGAGAAACCUUCGGACGGAGCAUAUGUGCUGAUUGACAUCAUUCUGAACUUGCUUCCUCCUAUAGUGUUUGGAGGUACAGCUGCCUACCCUUAUCUUGUUAAAAAGCUCCCCACGAGAAGUAUCCUCAGCUUUGUGAUGCAGUUUUCCAUGAUAUCCUACAUCUUGUUGCAAAUCGGUGUGCUAAUCUUUGCUCGAUACUUUCUUUUGAUGCAGCCUUGGUUUGAACCUACUGUAUACAAUAAGGAAACGACUCUUCAUCCUCCACCUUCUCACAUGGCUUGUACCAUAAUUAGCGUCAACAUGAUGUCUUAUAUCAUCGCUGCUGUUAUUUUUGCCCCAGGACCACCAUAUAGGAAACAUUUCUUUUCUAACAAAACUAUACUUAGAAUAUUUAGUUCUGUUUUUACACAAGAUAUUUUACUAUCAUAUUAUAAGAUAAAAAUGUAUCCUUUAUUUUUAUAUAAGCAAUACUUAAAUAUUAAAUGUGAAAAUAUGAUUUAAAUCAAAAAUAACAUUUUCAUGUUCUUAAACAACUGUUUAAUCUUCACAUUUUAGGUAAUGUUUACUUUAUAUAUGGACUUUUCUGUAUCAAUUGUACGUUCUUUUCACUUGCUUUUAAAAAUUAGAAACACUUAUGUGAAUUAAUUGUUGUCUGAAUCCAAACACUGGUUUGACUUUAAGAAAUAAAUACAUUUGGGUAGGAGCAUUGAUAAGCGACUUUGGACACUAGUACAGUUUUUUUCUGAUUGUGCAACUUUUAAUACAAGUAUUUAACGAUAUUUGAUAUGAAGAAAAUGUGAGAUGACAGUAAUCAAGGCUACUUUUAUGGAAUACACACAUGAAUGAUUAGUGACAUGUUAUAUCGGUGUUCAAGCAGAAAGCAUAGUUUGUUCUAAAGAUCCAAAAUGAGCUAACUUAAACCAGCUAAUUAAUUUAUAUCAACAACUAUAUAUGCAAGACAAAUCUUAAUGCUAAAGAAAUACAUCUGUUGUGAUUAUUUUGGUAACUUAAGGUAGAACCAUGUCUCAUCAGGAAGGAAUGACUGCUACCAGAUGUUUGAGUUAUUUUUCAGAUAUCAUCUUGGCAAUAUAUAAAACAGUAUUGAAGCAAAAAGACUAUUUAGAUUGUUUAGAAUUAAAAUUUUGUAGUUCUAAGGUUUUUCAGAGAAACAAAACAAUGAAACUACAUUGAUGAAGAAAAUAAAAGCUGUUAUAACAACAGUGUGUUAUACUUCAAAAGUCUUCUCUUCUCAGUAAUGUGUGUGUUUACUGUAACUAGGGGCUAGAAAGUGACAGAAACAGUAAUGAUGGAAAAUAUAUUGCUACUUAUAAUAACUACUUAGCUACCUAACUUGAUGUUUCAAUAAUCAAAUUGGGAUCUCAUAAGUACACAAUUCUAUCUGCAAUAUUCAGAUCCUUCAAAAUUUCUAAUAGCAGAGAAACAAUCUUACCUCUUAACGAUUGAAUAUAAUAAGUUUUUCGUUAUGAAAAAGUAUUAAGAACAUAAAUAAUGAAGUCAGGUGGUUGUACAUAAUCUUUUUAUGUAAAUAAAUAAUAUCCAUUACUGUGUUAGGAAAUCUGAUCAUUAACAAUGAUUGCACAUUAUUUCUUUAUUAAAUUGGUAAUACCAAUACAGUACUUUGUAAAAACUUAUCAACAAUGAAGUAAGUGUAUGUAUUGUCUUCAAUAUUAAGAAUUACUAUAUACUGAGACUUAAAAGUCACAAAACUAACAAUGAAGCUAUAAGCAAUAAAAAUAAUAUAUAAUCUUAAUGAGCAAUACACUGUACAGGCAGUUUACUUAGAUAUAAGAAUUUAAACUGUACAUGUGAGUGAACAAAAAUUAUAAACAACUUUCAAUAAUUCAUUAAAAAAAUGUGUUAUUACCACCUGAAAAUAUAUUGGCACGAUUAAUAAAUCACCUAUCUUUAAGUUGUCACUGUUCUGUUCUACAUUGUGGCCUAAUUAAUAAAUCAUAUUUCCUUAGGUUUUUACUGUUCUGGUUUACAUGGUGGCCUAAUUAAAAAAUCAUAUUUCCUUAGGUCUUUACUGUUCUGUUCUACAUUGUAGCCUAAUUAAUAAAUCACCUUUCCUUAGGUUUUACAGUUCUAUUCUACAUGGUGGCCUAAUUAAUAAAUCACCUUUCCUUAGGUUUUUACUGUUCUGUUCUACAUGGUGGCCUAAUUAAUAAAUCACAUUUCCUUAGGUUUUUAUUGUUCUGGUUUACAUGGUGGCCUAAUUAAUAAAUCACCUUUCAUUAGGUUUUUACUGUUCUGUUCUACAUGUUGGCCUAAUUAAUAAAUCACCUUUCCUUAAGUUGUUACUGUUCUGUUCUACAUGGUGGCCUAAUUAAUAAAUCACCUUACAUUAAGUUGUCACUAUUAUGUUUUACAGUUGUUGGUCAGGUUAACAAGCCACCUGGCAUUAAGUUGUCACAGUUCUAUAAUUCUCUUUAGUAUUGUAUGUUUGAAAAUAAAAUUUAAAGCAUUUUUCUUCUUUUCUGGUUUAAAUAACAGAUCAAGUUCUAUCAUUCAAACAUUUUUUGUAGUCUUUAUCUAUUGUGAAUAA